UUAUGGCAAAAAAACAUGAAGGACGUGCAGUGGGAAUAGACCUUGGAACAACUUAUUCAUGUGUUGCUGUGUGGAUGGACCGUCACAACAGAGCAGAGAUCAUACACAAUGACCAGGGAAACAGAACAACACCUUCUUUUGUUGCUUUCACUCAUGAUCAAAGGUUGAUCGGUGAUGCUGCUAAGAAUCAAGUUGCCGCUAACCCACAAAACACCAUCUUUGAUGCUAAAAGGUUAAUCGGUAGGAAGUUUAGUGAUCCUGUUGUUCAAAAUGAUAUCAUCUUGUGGCCAUUCAAGGUCAUUGCCGGAGUGAAUGACAAACCAAUGAUUACUCUUCAGUAUAAGGGUCAAGAGAGCCAAUUUUGUGCUGAGGAAAUAUCAUCUAUGAUCCUUACAAAGAUGCGAGAAGUUGCUGAGGCAUUUAUGGAGUCGCCUGUCAAGAAUGCUGUUGUUACUGUGCCAGCUUACUUCAAUGAUUCGCAGCGAAAAGCCACCAUAGAUGCUGGUGCCAUCGCUGGCCUUAAUGUCAUUCGAAUUAUCAAUGAACCUACUGCUGCAGCUAUUGCAUAUGGUCUUGACAAGAGAAGUGAUUGUGAUGGUAAACGGAAUAUUUUUGUCUUUGACCUUGGCGGUGGUACUUUUGAUGUGUCUAUCCUUACAAUUAAGGGUGAUGUUUUUGAGGUAAAAGCCACUGCCGGAAACACUCACCUUGGGGGAGAGGACUUUGAUAACAGAACGGUGAACUACUUUGUAGAGGAGUUUCAAAAGAAGAAUAAGGUGGACAUAAGUGGGAACUCAAGAGCCUUGAGGAGGUUGAGAACUGCAUGUGAGAGGGCAAAGAGGACACUCUCUUUUGCUUUUGUCACCACUGUUGAGGUAGAUUCUUUAUUUCAGGGAAUUGACUUUUCUUCAUCAAUCACCCGUGCCAAGUUUGAGGAAAUUAAUAUGGAUCUUUUCAAUGAGUGUAUGAAAACUGUUGAGAAUUGUCUUCGUGAUUCAAAGAUGCACAUUGGUGAUAUUGAUGACGUUGUUCUUGUGGGUGGCUCAUCUAGGAUUCCCAAAGUGCAGGAUCUAUUGCAAGACUUUUUCAAGGGCAAGGAUUUAUGCAAAAGUAUCAACCCGGAUGAAGCUGUUGCUUACGGUGCAGCUGUUCAAGCUGCUAUUUUGAGUGAAGGCUUUAAGAAUGUCCCAGAUUUGGUGUUGAGAGAUGUUACCCCAUUGUCGCUUGGUAUCUUAGCCGAUGUUGAUCAUGUCAUGAGUGUUGUGAUUCCUAGGAACACUUCCAUACCUGUGGCAAAGAUAAAACGAUUUUUUACCGCUAAAGAUAACCAAUGCAAAGUCUCAAUUAAUGUUUAUGAGGGUGAGAGAGCAAGAGCUGCUGACAAUAAUCUGCUCGGUUUUUUCAGCCUUUCUUGCGUUCCAGGUGCUCCUCGGGGCCAACCCUUAGAUGUAUGUUUUGACCUCGAUGAAAAUGGUAUCCUAACUGUUUCUGCUAAGGAAGUAUCUACAGGAAAUACAAACAAGAUCACCAUAACCAAUGAAAAAGAAAGAUUGUCAACCUUGGAAAUUAAAAAAAUGAUUGAAGAAGCUGAGAGAUACCACGUGGAAGAUAAGAAAUUUUUACAAAAGGCCAAGGUAAUGAAUGCAUUGGAUUAUUGUGUUUACAAUAUGAAGAAUGCUUUAAAGAAAGAUGUGAAUUUAAAGCUCUCCUCUCAAGAAAUUGAGAAGAUCAACAAUGCAAUUACUGUGGCCACAAGUUUGCUUGAUAAGAAUAACAAACAAAAUGAAACAGAUGUUCUUGAGUUUCAUCUGAAGGAGAUGGAGAGCAUGUUGAAGUACGUUAUAGCCAAGACUGGCUAGUUUUAUUUUUCUUUAUUAAAUCUCAAGUGAUGUCUUGCUUUUGUAAGUGCUCAAACCUUUAGGUUGAUUGUCAUUAUCUAGUAGUAUUCAAGUUGAUGAUGAUGUUGGGAUUGAACCUGUUACUUAAACUGUUUCGGUUUAAUUUUGUGACUUGUUUUCUAGUUUUAA